CCUACCGGGCGAAGGGCUCGCCGCUCAAAUUGGACCAUUGCGCUCCGCGGGCACUUCGACUCUCAACCGCUGCCCAAGCCUCCACACGUCAUCCUCCAACAAUGCGUCUCUGACCUCCAACGGCACUGCUCCAGCUUCUUCCACCACCACCGGAGCAACCACCUCGCACUCUUCAAUGUCCCUCUCUUCCAGCCUAGCCCUUCUUCCUUAAAAACCCAUCUUGAUAGCACCCUCUCAAAUCUCCACCACCAUGCCAAACAAGCAGUCGAAGCUGGGUUUUCGAGCUUAGGCUUCGGCUUAGGCUCCGGUUCUUCUAGAAAAAACCCGGCAUGGGCUCGAAUUGCCCAAAACAACAGCUCUGGUGGACUUGCCAUGAUAACGGAAGCCAUUGAAGAGCGCUUGGCCGGCGUCCCCGUGUACGCCCUCAGCAAUUCUUCCCAGGAAUUCGUGUUGGUGUCGGGUGUACACACAGGAAAAUCUCUUGGGUUGUUUUGUUUCAAUGAAGAUGAUGCUAAUGCUCUUCUUCAACAGAUGAAAUCCAUGGACCCCGGAAUGCGCGACGGUUCAAAAGUGGUGGCUGUGGCUCUUAACAAGGUUUUUCAACUUAGGCUUGAUGGCGUGGCCUUCAGGUUGAUACCGGAGUUGUCCCAAAUCAAGAAUGCAAUC